AUGUUAGAUGAAAACAAAACGGCAGGAUUGCUACUCUUCUUCCUAGGAAUAGCAUCAGGGUUUAUUGGAGUGUUUUUAUUUUUUGAUAAAUUUUUUUUGUGUAUCUCUAAUGUCUUCUUUCUACUGGGCUUAUAUUUUUUAGUUGGGACAACAAAAAUCGUGCGCUUCUUUAUGAACCGGAAAAAAAUUGCAGGGACUGCAAGCUUCCUCUUUGGCUUCUGCCUUAUCAUCCUGAGAUAUGGCAUAUACAAAUUAUUUUUUUCCUUCCUGCCCAACAUCGUUAAUUUUGUGAAAUACUCCCCCCUCAGUUUUAUUUUGGAGAUUCCCGGCAUAAAGCAGCUGGCUGAUUACAUCAUGAAUAAUAAGCGCCUGCCGAUUUGA